CGGAGAGGGAGGAAAACUUCCUGGCCUGGGCUCCGGGGCCGCUCUGUUUGCCAACCCUCCAAUCCCGCCUACCAGUGCACGGCGCUUCCCCACCCCUCUCCCGGCACCCCCAGUGUCCGCCAUGGCCAAAGCCUACGACCACCUCUUCAAGUUGCUGCUGAUCGGGGACUCAGGGGUGGGCAAGACUUGUCUGAUCAUUCGCUUUGCAGAGGACAACUUCAACAACACUUACAUCUCCACCAUCGGAAUUGAUUUCAAGAUCCGCACUGUGGAUAUAGAGGGGAAAAAGAUCAAACUGCAAGUCUGGGACACAGCUGGCCAAGAGCGAUUCAAGACGAUAACUACUGCCUAUUACCGUGGAGCCAUGGGCAUUAUCCUAGUAUAUGACAUCACAGAUGAGAAAUCCUUCGAGAAUAUUCAGAACUGGAUGAAGAGCAUCAAAGAGAAUGCCUCGGCUGGGGUAGAGCGCCUCUUACUGGGGAACAAGUGUGAUAUGGAGGCCAAGAGGAAGGUCCAGAAGGAGCAGGCUGAUAAGUUGGCUCGGGAGCAUGGAAUCCGAUUUUUUGAGACAAGUGCUAAAUCCAGCAUGAAUGUAGAUGAGGCUUUCAGUUCCCUGGCCCGGGACAUCUUGCUCAAGUCAGGAGGCCGGAGAUCAGUGAGUUGGUUCUGCUGGGCUAAGUACAACUGUGCAUGGAAACAGCAACAAGCCCCCCAGCACUGACCUGAAAACGUGUGACAAGAAGAACACCAACAAGUGCUCGCUGGGCUGAAGACUCCCCUUCUGCCUCUCCGCCCUAAGCCUGGAGGCCGAACCUGAGGGAGGCAGGGCUGAGGGGCUGGGCAGGGGAGAAGUAGCACGUGGGGCUUGGAGGGCUAGAGCUGGGUAGAUGGUGGAAGAAUGGGGAGAAUAUGGAGGAGAAAAAAAGGAAGGAGUGAGGAGGAAAGAGGAAAAGAAGGAGGUAGACUAGAGAGGGAAGGAGAGGCAAGAAGAAGGGAAAGAAUCGAGAAAGUGAAAGAAGGUGAAAAGGAGGUAGGAAGAGAGGGAGGAGGAAAGGAAGGAUAGAUGGCCCUAAGCCUCAGACCUUCUCUGGGUUUCCAGGGCAAAUAUAAAUGUAAAUAAAUAAUUGAUUUAUUCUGUUACUGGAGCAGGCUUUAGGGUCCUGUGAGAGGCUGGCUCAGCACCACCUGAAGGUUUGGUCCUGUCACUCUGCAUGGUCUUUCUCAGCAUUAAAGGCCACCAUUUGCACAAAUGUCCCGGGUUUGGGUAACUUUCAUCAUUGUCAGAAUUGCUCUCUACUCAUAAACCUAAUUCUUGUCUCUCUGA